GUUGAAAAUUUUAAAGAAAUCACAAAAAUCAAUUGUCAAAACACUUCGACAAAACUCAUCGAUUUUGGGGCUUUUUUUGGGAGGAAUUUUCGAAAAGGACUACCUCUUGGCCGUUUUUCGAAGAUGGCAAUUUGAAAUGUGUUUUGACAUUUUUCUCUAAGCGCGCAUUCCCAGCCAAGAAAAUAAAUUAAUUUCUGUAUGAUAAAAGAUGAAUAUUUCUCAACAAAGAAACUUCAUAUCAUUCUAUUGUGUACUCAAGGAUCUAAGUACAAAGGAAGAUAGUCCUAGUUUGCUGUCCUGUGCUGAGCACAUAAAAGAACACCUGAAUGUUGGAACAAAUCUCAAGUGGGUUGAUGAGGGCUACUGUUUAUCCGUGGAUGUGAAGACACUGCGGAAAACCGAUAUCUUCAUCUUUGCAGAAUUUUCCGGAGCAGCUUUUGAGCACAUAACCACAAAGUCAAAUGCAUUGGUAAUUGGACCUCCCUGCUUGGAGUAUUGUAUCACGCAGGACUUUGAUGUUCCUCUGGGACAUUCGCCAAUCUUCAAUGUUGCCAUGCAUGGGCUCAUCGUGUGUCCAUCUGGAGUAUCAAAGACUGAAAAGGCUGAGAUGAAGAAGCUGGUACUCUGGAUGGGAGGAUACUUUACUAUAGACCUCGACAUGGAUUGCACCCAUUUGGUCACUGACACGGUAAGAUCAAAAAAGUACGAAGAAGCAGCUACUGCGGGAAUUCAAAUUCUCCAUCCUGACUGGGUCAAGGAUGUAUGGCGGGCGAAUCAGGAGCAUACAGUUCUUGCACGAGAUCCAAUUUUUGAGAAACAUCGAUUGCCUAUAUUUCACAAAUUGGUCAUUACUUCGACGAAUUUGCCAGUGGCGGAAAAGGAAGAGAUCAGGAAAUUGAUAGAGGCCAAUGGUGGUACUUACUCGAGAGUCUACAAAACCAACAUUGUAAACAUCUUAAUUCUCAAGAAGGAUGCAACGUCAUCAGAAAAGUACAAAAUUUCUUUAAAGUUCAAAAUUGAUUGUUUGACGCCUGAAUGGGUUUAUGAGAGUGUCCGGAAAAAAUAUGCUGUUCCCAUUGAUAGCUUUCGUGUGUCAUCGAUGCAGCACUCAACACCAACCAAGGAUGAUGGGGAUAUAGGACAUUUUUCUAUGAUGUCCAAUAUAUCCCGAAUAUCAUCCGUGACGACAGUGUCUAAUAAGGAAAUAGAUGAGACUGUUCAGAAUGUUCAGAACAAUACACAGCGGCCUUCAACAUCCAAGAUGAUUACUCCUAAUAAGGACGAAACGGUGAGCUACAAGGAUAGACUGAAGAGCCUUACGUUGACUGAAACCAAAAACAGUGGAGCUUUCUUAGAUGGGUGCAAUAUCUACCUGAUUGGCUUCACAAGGACUGAAUCUAUGAAGCUCAACAAGAUCAUCAGCAAUGCUGGAGCAACUCUGUACACAGAUCUCUCGGACAGCAUCAGUCAUGUUGUCUGUGGAAAUGCGACAGAGAAGGAGAUCAAAGGGGUGCAUGACUCAAAGGUUCAGUGCAAAAUUGUGACAUUUGAUUGGCUUCUAGAGAGUCAGAGACUUAAAUAUCCCGCUGAGGAAGAAAAUUACAUGAUGCUGGUUAAGAGGGUACCUCCGGAAGCUGAACCACCGUCUCCGGCUAGUAAGAAGAGCAUCGAAGCGAUGAAUGCCAGUUUCAAGAGACCCGCCGAUGUACCUCGUCGUAGACUCGAUCUCGGUGAAUCCUCAAGUUCUGUCGUUCAGAAGUACCUGCAUCCCAUCCCUGAGGUUUCUUCUCUAUCCAAUUUCACCCAUGAUUCCUACAAUUCUGAUGUAGCUCCUGAAGACAUUGAAGUUCUGACAUUCCUGCAGAGUACAACGUUCUACUUCUACGGAUACGAAGAGGGAAUGACUCAAUUGAUGGCUGAUGUUGAAAGUGCCCUGGGUGUUGUGGUCAAUGAUACAUACACCGGAAUUGUUGAUUAUAUUCUUGUUCCUGUGGAUGGUGUAGAAAAAAUUGAACCACCUGUAAAAGGCACCAAUAUCGUCAAUGAUCUCUGGCUGGAAGAUUGUGUGGCAAAUAGAGGCAUUGUUCCCAUUAUGUACUACCACGAACCCAUUGUGAUUCAAGGCUACAAUAACAUUCUCCAUGAUGUUCGGCUCUCCUUCACCAAUUUCCAGGGCAGCAUCAAACUCUAUCUGGCUGCUGUAGCUGGUGUUCUUGGUGCUACAAUUCUCGAUCAAUACCCCAAAAAAGAAACUCCACUACUUAUUUGUGCAAAGACCGAAGGAUCCAAAUAUGAAGCUGCCCUCAAGUGGAAAUAUCCAGUUGUGACAGAUGAAUGGCUCUUGGACACGUUCAAAGAGAAGAGAGUCAAGAAAAUUGAAAAAUAUCUCCUGGGAAAAUCAAUAAUCCCUGAACACAUUGAAGUUUUUCAGAGAUUAAAUCAAGAGGAAGUUGAAGAGAAUAAGUCUCAGGACAAUUCACCAAUAAAUGAUGAAGUUUUCCUCGGAGAUCUCACGACAGAGGGUAAUCCGACAAAUGCCACACUUCAGCGAUCAGCAAAAAGGAAAUCCGACGAAUUAGACAAUGAUGAUGAUGAUGAUGAUGAUGAUACUCCCAUUCAAGUGAGACGUGAUACACAGAAUAAAAACAAACCUAGUUCAGUAUCAACGCCAAUUCGACACAAAAGAUUGGCUCUCCUGACUCUUGAGACUCCAACAAAUAAGAAGAAUGACGAUACCCCAACAACAUCCAAGGUUAACAAGAUAUAUGCUGACUUUGAUACUCCCGUCAGAAAAACAAUUAGGGACACAAUGAAACUCAAUAUUAACAUUAAUGAUAAGAUCUCUCCGAAUGGCACUGUAAAGACACCGGAAAUUCCAAAGUACCUCAAAAUGCCUAAUACACCGCUCUCAAUUAAUCCGAAUGCCAGUCCAUGCACCCAAUGGGGCGUUCAGAGGAGUAUCGAGGCGGCUGAAAUGAUGAGAUUCAGAAAAGGCAGUCCAAAGAAGAAAUCACCAACUGCUGAGCAAAUUCGUGAGGAGUACUUUAGGACACUAUUGGGGGAGGACAAAUUCAAUGAGAUCCGACUUAAGAAUGCCACACAGUCACAGUCACUUCAAGAGACGGGUCAAACAGAAAUGAAUACUGAGCCGAAUAUGGAAUCUCUGAAGAAAUUAAAAGCGUUCGUGGCCAACAACAGGGUAUGUCCGCCCACCACCCCAAUUUUAGCUAAGCAAUUAGACUUCAAUGAUCAAUCAGAAGGCGGCGCCGAACACCAAAGUAGACCACAGUGUGGUACAUCCGAGGAACUUGUGGGUUGGGUUGAUCCUUCCGAGUUUCAUCCAUUUAGACAUUCAGCUACAGAGGCUACACCUUCAAAAGUGUACAAUUUCCACAUUACGGGAGUGUCGGAGAAUAAGAAACAAAUAGCCGAGAUGAUUGAGAAUUUAGGUGGGACUGUACUGUCCAUGGAUACUUACGAUCCUUCAUGUACUCAUGUGGUGUUUGAGCGACUGAAUCGAGGAGAGAAGGUGCUGGGAGCUGUGGCAUCUGGCAAGUGGAUUUUGGGAAUCAAGUAUCUCCAUGAAAGUACGAAAGUUGGCCAUUUUCUGCCCGAGGAGGAAUAUGAAGUGGGCAAUGAGAGACUACCUUUCUUGUCCCAAUUGAGUGAGAGUGAGAAACAAAUAGCCCGGGCAGCUUAUAGAUGGCGUCAGAAGAUCCACAAGGGAAAAUCUAUUGACGGUGCCUACAGUGGCAUGACGUGCCUGUUGAUUUUGGGUGAACAAUCCAAUGCCAUUGGACGGAUGAUUGAGGCUGGGAAGGGGAGUGUUGUGAAGCUAAAGUCUCCGUAUUGUGGCAAAAGUGAAGCCAAGAGCAUAACUCAUGUCUUUAUAAAGCCCACCAAGGAUAACACAAUUUCAAAGAUGGACAUGAAUUUCUUCAAGAAGAACGGCACUCAUGUUCUCACACUCAAAUAUAUCACUAGCCAUCUCUUUGACGAAAUAGCUCCAAAUCCAGAAAAUUUCAACCCCUAAUCAUUUCAUUGGAAAAUGCCUUAAUUAUUUCUAUAUUAUUUUAUUUUUAUCAUUUCACAAAUUAUGUGAGUUUUAUCAUUUAAUUUUCUUUUACUGAAGCUUAAAAUUCUUGUUCAUCAUUUUAAAUAUAUACGAAUAAUUUCACAAAUACAUCAGUUUAUAUAAUUUCACCCAUUAAUUUCUCAUUGUGAACAUGUAGUAUAGUUAAACUAUUCGAAAUAAAAAAUAAAAAAUACGUUUUUAAACUAUCA